AUUAGUGUGGGUGAGACUGGGUGGAGAAUGUGUGUAGUUGAGGGUGGUAUAUUACUGUGUUCUAUAUGGCGAAACAGGGAAAAACACAGGCAAGUGUUGGGUGACUCCUCCGCAAGCUGAUUGGUUAGGAAUGUUUUGAGAGGAACUUAUUUGCCUGCCAUUGUGCCUUGUAGUUGUAUAAGGGAAGCUGGAGAACCUGUUUUACUGCAGGCCGCCUCCGUGCACAGCGGAAGCCCCCCGCCUCGUGGACGCCCACAGGUGCUGCAAGUCUUGACAAAUUUAUGGACAUGUGAGAAGGAAGAUUCCUGCGAAAAGCGAGGACUGGAGGGGUAAUGAAACCGUGGCGUGUGAUCGAUCUCUCGCUCUUUCGUGGGCUCCGUGCCCUGCUGCUCUAAACAGCGACCUGGGAAAUCGUUCCGAUGCUCAGGGUGAAGUUGUCUGAGGGCCACGCUCACGUAGCCUGAGACUUGGGAGGGACAGGGAGGUCUGGACUACCUGCCCACUUAUUGUUUCUUCACCCUGGGAGGACAGCUAGGGAGAGGGGGUGGGGGUGAGCGAGAUAAAAGCAUGAGGACGAGAGAACGGUGUGAGAAGUUCCUACGGCAGGAAGCAAAGGGAGCGUGAGAAAAGGAAGGAUAUCGAGGAAAGGAGCAAACGGCAAAAUGAAAGCUUUGCACCAGAACAGUGAGGAGGUGGUGGCCGACGGCUCGGACCAGGAUGCGCUCAGCGAGGCGGACGAGGAGGUUGACGAUUGCGUUCAGGGUUUCUCCGAUGCCACGGAUGACGCCGCCGCUGAAGCGAGCCCUGAAGAAUGGAUCCCCGAAGGGAGACGGCUGCUCUCCGGCCUGCUGGGGCUCAACGUGGUCAUGCUCGGAGCCGCCCUGGUGGCCGCGGGGGCCUUCAAUCGGCAGGGGCUGCUGCACCAGGAGCCCCAGAUCUUCAUCCUCGUGCUGAUGGGACUCGGCGUGCUCUGGAUGUUGUGGUACCUGCUCUGGGCUCGGAGGCAGCCUGGCCGCCCCCCCGACAAGGACCACCACGCCGGGGGCAUGACUGUCACAGUGGUACUCGUGAUCUUCUCAGCCUUCAGCCUGGUGCUGCACAUCUUCAGGAUGGGCUAUUUUGCCAUGAUGGCGCCCUGCAAGCCCCUCGCCAAAGUCCUGCUGCCCUUCGUCGAGUUGGUCUUCCUGGGGUUGCAGACCUACCUGCUGUGGGCUCACUCCAAGGACUGCAUCCACAAGCACAAGGUGCUGACCAGGUCUGGCCUGAUGCUGAUCCUGUGCUCAGACCUCCUGCUGUGGCUCAGCGCUGUGACCGAAGACACUGUUCACAUGGAGAUCGAGCUGGAGAGGGAGAACCAGAACUUCUCCUCUCCAGAAAAUGAUGCCGAGGACCCAGACAAGGAGCCUGAUGACGUGGGCCAGUGCUGGUGCAGCCCGUCCACGGCGUGCCGGGUUUUCCGCAAGGGCUUCGAGGUGCUCUACCCCUUCAACAUGGAGUACUACCUCAUGGCAGGUUGCAUGCUGUAUGUCAUGUGGAAGAACGUGGGCCGCCACGUGGGGCCCAGAUCCCACGCAGAGCGCAACCAGAAGCUCACGCUGCGCCUCCUGCGCCGCAGUGGCAUCCUGUUGGGACCACUGGCAGGGCUGCUGGUUCUCCUGGUGGGUGUGGCUACCUUCAUCCUGUACCAGAUCUGGGUAGGCAGUGACCGUCGCAGCGAGGCCUUCCUCCUCUUCUACGGCUACCAUCUGGCUGUGAUGCCGGUCAUGUCCAUAUGCUGUCUGGUUGGCAUAGUCAUCUACGAGCUGGAGAAGAGGGCUCGGGAAUUGGGACACAACCCAACGCGUAGCCUGGAUGUGCUCCUUUUGCUGACAGCUGCUGUUGGUCGGCUCUUGCUCUCCUACUUUUGCUUGGUGGCUGCCAUGGCAGUGGGGUCCAGCGAUCUCCAGGGAAGCAUGGAGCUUGCCUACUCCAUUGCCUGCCUGGUGGAGCUGGUCUUCCAGAACAUGUUCAUCAUCGACGGGCUCCACCGACACCCAAAGCGCAAGCGUGCCAAGGGGAACAGGUGGCUGUCAAGGCUGAAGAAGAAAAUGAUCUCAGAGAUGGAGGUGAUGGAAGGACCUGCAGAAGAUGGGGUGCUAAGUAAAGGCAAAGAGGCAACAUCACCUGUGAACAGGGAGAAGGCCUCCAAGAAGACAUGGAGCAAAAGAGCCCUUCAGGAGAUCUGUGCUUUCCUCAUCUUGGCCAAUGUUAUGCUGUGGGUCAUCCCUGCCUUCGGCGCCCACCCGCAUUUCCAGAAUGGGCUGGGGAAACAGUUCUAUGGUUUCCGGGCUUGGUUCAUCCUGGUCAACCUAGGCCAACCCCUGCUGGUCUUCUACAGGAUGCACUCUGUGAGUGCACUGAUGGAGCUGCUCAUCUCAGCAUGAACGGUGGGGGGGGGGCUUCGGCCUCUACGAUUGGAGGACUGAAGGCCACAUGACACCCCCCAUGCAGUUUUUCCAUAUUUAUAAGUCAUGUGCGGUGAAACAUUUUUACACCGAAACCUUUUAUUAACUGAGGUCAUGGUUUUCAAAGGGCUUUUUCAAAUGUGAAAAAUAAGUCUUGUAUUCCUCAGCAAGUCUCAAAGCAAUAUAAUGCAGUGAUUUAAAAAUAUAUUAAUAUAAUGUGCCAGCUAUGAUCUUCGACUGUGUGCGGCUGUAAGGCAGCAGUUAUGUAUUAUUAA